AAACAGCAGAAGAAACAAGUGGAACAUCAGCUGGAAGAAGAAAAGAAAGCAAACAAGGAAAUACACAAAGCACAAACGGAGCAGUUAGAGACAAUCAACAUCCUCACAUUGGAAAAGGCAGACUUGAAGACCACCCUUUACCAUACUAAACGUGCUGCCAGACACUUCGAAGAAGAGUCCAAGGAUCUGGCCGGCCGCCUACAAUACUCCUUACAGCAUAUUCAAGAAUUGGAGCGGGCUCUCUCUGCUAUGUCUACACAGCAGCGGGAAGAGGACAGGUCCUCGAGCCGCAGUGAAGCAGUCCUCCAGCGGCAGUUACAGCAGACCAGAAAGGAGCGGGCACUGCUGAACGCACACGUGAGAGAGGUGACAGAGUCACUUAAACAGGUCCAGCUGGAGAGAGAUGAAUAUGCUCAACAUAUAAAAGGAGAGAGGGCCCGGUGGCAGGAGAGGAUGCGGAAAAUGUCGGUGGAGGCUCGCACAUUGAAGGAGGAGAAGAUGCGUGACAUACUUCGGAUACAGGAGCUGGAGAGGAGCUUGUCCGAACUCAAACACCAGAUGGCUGAGAAAGAGCCCCCAGCAAGGCCCUCUGAGGUGGAGCAGCUACAAGAUGAGGCCAAACACCUGAGGAAGGAGGUGGAGAGUUUGGUGGGAAAACUCCAAUCCCAGGUGGAAAAUAAUCAGGCCUUGAAUCUCCUGAGCAAGGAGCAAAAGGAGAGGCUUCAGGAGCAGGAGGAGAGGCUCCGGGAGCAGGAGGAGAGGAGGCUGCAAGAACAGGAGAGUCUGUGUGAGGAAAAGGAGAGGCUUAGGGAGCAGGGUGAGAGGCUGCGAAAGCAGGAAGAGAGACUGCAAAAGCAGGAGGAGAGGCUACGAAAGCAGGAGGGGAGGCUGCGAAAGCAGGAGGAGAGGCUACGAAAGCAGGAGGGGAGGCUACGAAAGCAGGAGGAGAGGCUGCGAAUGCAGGAGGAGAGG